AGUGAGAAGUUUGACCGUGUGCUAUUCUGUGAGCACCAUGUGUGGGCAGAGCAUGGGUGAACUCUGCAGUCACGCCAGGAAUACAGUGAACGAUGAUGAUGUGCAUGUGAGCUUCACUCAGGAAGAGUGGGCUUUGCUGGAUCUUUCGCAGAAGAAUCUCUACAAUAAUGUGAUGCUGGAGACCAUCAGGAACCUGAAUGAUAUAGCCACCUUGAAAGGCAUGAAAGAAUUCAUAUUGGAGAGACACCCUCUGAAACUAUCCAAUAUGAUGAAGCCAUUGCUUGUCACAGUAGAUUCCAAAUUCAUAUAAGAACACAUACUGAAGAGAAACCAUAUGACUGCAAUCAAUGUGGUAAAGCUUAGAAGUCAAAGCAAUCUUCAAAGGCAUAAAGGAACACAUACAGGAAAGAACCCUGACGGAUGUAAUCAGUGUGGAAAAGCCUUCUCACAAAAUUCUCAUCUUCAAGUGAAUAUAAGAACACAUACUGGAGUGAAACCCUAUGAAUGUAAUCAGUGUGGUAAAGCCUUUUUACAAAAUGCUCAUCUUCAAGUGCAUAUAAGAACACAUUCUGGAGUGAAACCUUAUGAAUGUAUUCAGUGUGGUAAAGCCUUUGCAAGUCACAGUAAUCUUCUAAUGAAAGACCCU